AUGCAAGAAGAUUGGAAGCCAAAAGUUGGUAUGGUUUUUGACAGUGUUGAGGAGGCUUGGAAGUUUUGGGUCGAAUAUGGGAGAAGAGUUGGGUUUGGAGUGAGAAAACAAUAUGUACACAACAACAAAGAUGGUUAUCCUACUUCUUGCAGGUUUGUUUGCUGCAAAGAAGGCUUGAGAAGGCCAGACAAACGAGAUUAUAAAACGACUCAUCCAAGAUCGGAGACUAGAACAAAUUGUGAAGCACGGUUAGGGCUUAAAAGUAUGUGUGAAAAAUUAACCGUGCAUGAUUUUGUGGAGGAACAUAAUCAUAUUUUUCAUCUACAAGAAACAACUCAUAUGUUGCCAUGCAACCGGAAAGUUUCAGAAGUUCAGUGCUAUCAAAUUGAUUUUGCAGAUGAUGCUUGUCUACAACAAAGAAAGUCAUUUGAAUUGAUGAGCAAACAAGUGGGAGGUAGAACAAAUUUGGGUUAUACGCGCCUUGAUCAGAAGAACUAUCUUAGAAAAAGAAGGCAAAGGAGUUUGGUAGAUGGGGAAGCCGGUUAUAUAUUGCAGUAUUUUCGAAGCAAAUUGGUUGAAAAUCCAACUUUCUACCAUGCUUAUCAGUUAGAUGCUGAAGAUCAAAUCACCAAUGUAUUCUGGGUAGAUGCAAGGAUGCUUAUUGAUUAUGAGUAUUUUGGUGACGUCGUUUCUCUUGAUUCCACAUACUGCACAAACAACUCGCAUAGACCACUAGCAGUGUUCUCAGGAUUUAACCACCAUCGGAAAGCAAUCAUCUUUGGGGCUGCAUUGUUAUAUGAUGAGACAACAGAGUCAUACAAGUGGCUAUUUGAGACAUUUCUAGAGGCACAUAAGCAAAAAAAACCUCAGACAGUUUUUACUGAUCAAGACCAAGCAAUGGGGAAAGCACUAGCUGAAGUUCUUCCUGAAACUUUCCAUGGCCUAUGUACAUGGCACUUGAUGCAAAAUGGAAUCAAACACUUAGGAAACUUGAUGAAGGGUGAAUCUCAUUUUCUUAAGGACUUUAAAAAGUGCAUGUAUGGCUAUGACGAUGGAGAAAAAUUUGAGGAAAGUUGGCGAACCCUCCUUGUAAACUAUGAAGUUCAAGAAAAUCCUUGGUUGCAAAGAUUGUACAGUAUUAAGGAAAAAUGGGCAUCUUGUUACAUGAAGAAUGCUUUCACAUUGGGGAUGAGAAGCACCCAACUUAGUGAAAGUGUGAAUGCGGAUAUCAAAAGUUUUAUCAAUGUGAACUUAGAUAUUAUAAAGUUUUUUAAGUGUUUUGAGGAUGUGGUAGAAGCAAAGAGAUAUAACGAAUUGAGGUGUGAAUAUGAAGCUCGCCAAAAAAUUCCAAGGCUCAAGAAUUCGUAUUCUUGUAUUUUGCAACAAGUGUCCAACCUUUAUACUCCGGCUAUUUUUGAUAUAUUUCAACAUGAGUAUGAGUUGUUUGAAGCAUGUUCAGUGAAGAGUGCGAAGAGAAAUUCAUCAUCAAUAGAUUAUGUUAUUGACAUGGGGAAGGAUUUAGGAGAGUGGCGAGUGUCCUAUGAUUUGGAUAAGAAGUCAAUUUCUUGCUCUUGUCGUAAGUUUGAGACACAUGGGAUAUUAUGUUGUCAUUGUAUAAGAGUAUUUAUUCUUAUGGAUGUGAAAUUAGUGCCCGAGCAAUAUAUCUUGAAGAGGUGGACAAAGUUUGCAAGAAAUGGUAUUUUUCCUAGUGAUGGUGUUAAUAAUACAGAAGAAGAUGCUCAUCGCACAACAACAGAAUGGUAUGGGGAGAUUUGUCCUCGCCUUAUUCGGAUAGCCACUGAAGCAUGUAGAAGACCAGAAACAAGCAUUUUUCUUAGAAAAGUUGUUGGUUUGUUGGAAAAGCAAAUAGUGGAGUUCCAAAAUAAGGAAGUAAGUACUAGUGAAGUUGAUGGGUUCCUUAGUAAAGUUACUGAGAUUACAAACACCAAAGAUAGUUCAACACAAGCAAAGGAGAUUUCAAACACCAAAGAUAGUUCAAGACAAGCAAAGGAGAUUACAAACACCAAAGAUAGUUCAAGACAAGCAAAGGGAUUCAAGAAAAAAGAAGGUAAAAAAGGUUCAAAGCGCAUGAAAGGUUGGGUAGAGCGUCAACUUGGUAAAAGAAAGAAAAAUGGUACCUCAAGUUCUUCACAAAGUCAACAAGUUGCAUAUAAUCAAAAUGUCACGGCAGCUCAAGUGCAACUCGAGGUUCCAAAUACAAGUGCACUUACAUGGCUAAAUGAUGGAUACAAUCAACAAUCUUUGGGAAGCAAUAACACCCCAAAACAAUUUGCAUAUAAUCAAAAUGUCACGGCAGCUCAAGUGCAACUCGAGGUUCCAAAUACAAGUGCACUUACAUGGCUAAAUGAUGGAUACAAUCAACAAUCUUUGGGAAGCAAUAACACCCCAAAACAAUUUGCAUAUAAUCAAAAUGUCAUGGCAGCUCAAGUGCAACUCGAGGUUCCAAAUACAAGUGCACUUGCAUGGCUAAAUGAUGGAUACAAUCAACAAUCUUUGGGAAGCAAUGACGCUUCAAGACAACUUGGAAUCAAUAGUUUUACAAGUUUAUUGAUGGCAGAAGCUGGUGAGGAUAUCACAACUUUAGACAACCCGUAA